AAGAGGCUGUCUUGGAAGUCAGCAUCGUGGGGUGGUCGUGUGGGGUAAGUCCAUCAUUCGUAAUGGUCUUGUGUAACGCGAUCAUUUCGCUCGCAUUCCGCAGUUUUGAAUUGGGUUGCCUAACUCUAUUACUUGGGUCAGUUCACUACACAACCUCCAUCCACUAUUGAACCGGCGAGUGCUUAAUUCUGAUUUACACAAACUCCCAAUAUACAGGCAAAGCUCUUUUCAGUUCCGAACAUAGAAACAUAUUUGUAUGGGAGCAUAAUCACAAUCCCGCAUAAUCUAAAAUGCCAUCACAUUGAUUCGAGCUACUUAUGACCGCUCUUGCCACCCCAGUCUGAUUAUGUAGGAUCUGGAAUGGAAGAGUACACCAAACUCGCGUCCGAGCUCGGGUCCUUACGAUAUUCCCCCUUUGUUGUUCUGUCACAUCAAGAACGUUUGGAAGAUAUAAACGAGAAAUCAAAAGCUCAUCACCCAUCACUCUCUCAGCCUCCUCAUACACACACAUCUACUCUUUUGACUAUGUCUGACUAUCCGCUCCCUCCAGGAAGUUACCAGAUUGUGAAUGCCGAGUGGACGGAUCGGUUAGUGACCGUAGGAAAUAAUAAUGCCAUCGAUGGCAGCGAAAAACUCUGGGGCGGCGUGCAAGUUUGGCAUCUCGAAUAUGACGACAACAAUCAGGCGGUAUUCCGAGGCUCGUCGGCGGACGUGCCGGAUGGUGAUUACAUUGCUGUCAACUGGAGCUCGUAUAAGCUGGUUUACAGUAAAACACCAACGGCAUUUAUACUCCGGAGACAAGGGGGUUAUAUUGUGGUGAAUGCCCCAAUGCCCGGCGGAGGUAUCGCAACCUGGCUGCUCCCGUCUCCGAGUAAUGGCACGCCUAUCGAUGUUGUCCCGGCCAACAGUAAUGAGUCUGAUGCCAUGAGAUGGAACUUCGUGUAUCUGUCGGAGUGAUGUAUUCGAAGUGAUGCACGGAACAACGAAGUACCCAAACUUCUGCAAGAAACCCUGUGUAUAUUGUGUACUGCAUGUAGUCAAAUUUCUUGACCGAGAACGAAAGCUGCCUUUAUCAAAUCUCACUGGCUUUGCGAAACUCUCACUCAACAACAUGGCUUUCUGUUGGUUGGUACUUCAAGCAAUUUUAUCGGAACACGAAUCCGAGUCAA